GUAUUAUAAGUUGCUAGUUGCAUUGAUGGUUGAAACGUAAAUUGGUGUCUUCAAAAAAUUAUCAUCAAGAGAGAUGUCAGAUUCUGAUGAUGAUUAUAUGUCGUUUAAUGUUCUGGUGGACAGUAAGGAUGAUGUACGCCCAAGUCUCUUGUUUAGCAGAGAAAAACGCAAAAUGGAUCUAUUUAAGAAAAAAUUAGAACCCCCAACUAAGCGCCAAAAAUCAGUACAUGAGCUGGAGAGAGAAAGUAGGGAGCGAGGUUUAAACACAGCAAUUUCUAAUGAAAAUAAGGGAUUUAAACUAUUGGAAAAGAUGGGUUUUAAACAAGGAGAAAGUCUUGGAAAGUCCAAAAGUGGCAUCAAGGAACCAAUUGAUGUUGUGAUUAAACAAGGCACAUCAGGAAUUGGACGUGAAUCUCAUUUGAAAGAAGUAUUUAGUCAAAAGCAGCAGCAAAAAAUAAAACACUUAAAAAACUAUGAGAAUCGAUAUAGAUUAGCUUUCAAGGAAAGAAUCAAUUUAGUUAAAGUUAGAAAAGAUUUAUUAAAGGCACAAAGAAUUUGUGAAGAAUUGGAUUUUAGAUUGAAAAUAAAAGAUCCUGUUGAGGACUUCUUUUGGACCAAAGAGACAAUCAAAAAACGUAGAAAAAUGGAAAAAAAUGAAGUGUAUGAUGACACUGAUAGCAGCAGUGAUGAUGAGGACUUUGAAACUAACAUCACAGAAGAGAAUCUAUUUAUGUUAAUAGAUUAUCUCAGAAGUAAACACUUAUAUUGUAUAUACUGUGUGAUUACAGGUGUAGACAUAAAAGACCUGGAGGAGAAUUGUCCAGGGCCUUAUAGAAUGGAUCAUGAUGAUGAAUAAAAUUUAUAAGUUAAAAUCAUAUCUUUUUUCUGUUGUUAUUUGAAUUAACUUGAGAGACUUAUGUUAUUUAUUUGUAACUGUUGUUUUCAAUAAAUGUCAAAUAUUUUGCGUUA